AAAACACAUUUGCCACACUGAAGGAAGAAAGUGUAAAGACGGAACCUUUGACGACGGCGAAUGGAGGACGACGGAGUGGCCAUGACCGGAGGUAUAGCGUCUCGAGACACAGCGAAACCUAGCGAGGACAUACUCAUCUGCGUCGAUGUCGAUGUGGAAUCGACGGUGGAGAUGAAGACCACAUAUGCUAACGGUAAGCCUAUGAACAGGCUAGAGUGCGUCAAGCUAGCCAUUACUCGCUUCAUUCACGACAAGCUCGCCACAAACCCUAAUCAUCGUUUCGCUUUCGCUACCCUCUCCAAAUCAGCCGCUUGGCUUAAAAAGGAAUUCACUAGUAAUGCUGAAUCUGCUGCUGCUUCUUUAAGAGAAAUGUCAGCUACUAAAGCCUCUGGUCCAGCGGAUCUCACUCUUCUGUUUCAGGAAGCUGCUCAACAAGCCAAAACUUCCAGAGCACAAAACCAAAGUUUGAGAGUGAUUCUCAUAUACUGCAGGUCAUCUGUGAUACCAACAUAUGAUUGGCCCGUUAACCAGAAGCUUUUCACAUUGGAUAUUUUGUACCUACACGACAGGCCGAGUCCUGAUAACUCUCCUCACGAUGUGUAUGACUCUCUUGUUGAUGCUAUAAAGCGUGUUUCGAAGUGUGAAGGUUACAUCUUUGGGAGCGGUCAUGGGCUUGCGCAGUCUUUUUUCAAGCGUAUGUCAACGCUGUUGUCACAUCCUUCUCAAAGAUGUGCUCAAGCUGAUCUCCUCAAGCCCCCUGCAAAGAAGCCAGCUGUUUCCUGUGAUAAGUCAGCCUCGGAUUCAAAAAAAGCAGCGAAGGAACCGUUAGAAAAGACAAAAACUACUACUACAAACACAAAAAGAUGUGCUCAAGCUGAUCUCCCCAUGCCCCCUGCAAAGAAGCCAGCUGUUUCCUGUGAUAAGCCAGCCUCGGAUUCAAAAAAAGCAGCGAAGGAACCGUUAAAAAAAACUACUACUACAAACACAAAGAGAAUACACAGCCUAGGCAAUGAGAAAGCAUGUGAUGUCAAAAACUAUGGUGAAAAUUUAGUUGGGUCGAGGGUCAAAAUCUUGUGGCCUUUGGAUAACGCGUAUUAUGAAGCUGUGGUCAGUACAUAUUAUUCUGCUAAAGGGAUACAUCGGGUUCGUUAUGUUGAUGGAGAUGAAGAAAGCUUGAAUAUGAGAACUGAAAAGUGGUAUUUUGUGAAUAAAUCAAAAUUGUUAAAGGUGGGGAAUUUAUAUCUCUCAUCUCUGGGUUUUCUGUUUUGUUUCAUUCUCCAGAUUGUUUUAAGCUUCCACAUUUUCUGUCAGCAGGAUAAAGAAGCGAAGCAAAUGGGAUGUGAUAAAGAAGCCUUCACAAUCCCCCCGAAGAAGAAAGCUAAGACAAGCAAGGAACAGUCAACUAAUCAGCAAUCGAAGAUGCUUUCACCGUUUCCACCUAUUGUUAAAAAGGAAGAUGAGGUUCCCCAAAUAUCACAGAGGCAGGCAAAACAAGUUCUCAGUAGCUGUGCUGGCCAGCUCAAAAAGUAUCCGACAGAAGCGGUGAAAUCGUUGAGCGUCUCCUUGGAUAAGCACAGUGAUAUAGUGGAUUCAAUGUGUGAAGGGGCACUUGAUGCUUUGAUGCAAAAAGAAAUUGUUUCUAAUAUAAAAGACGAACAACAGAAAGCAGCAGAAGUUUCUACCCACGAGUUAAAUUGUGUACCUGAGAGGAACCUGGAGCAUUCAUUGAGUUUAUGUGCUCAUGAUUCAUCUGUCAAUGCAGCUAUUUCUUCUAUGAAUGAGGAUGGACAUAAGGCUGGGUCCCCGCGACGUGAAACAGUGGCUAUUGGAGGAGUAAAGACUCAGGAAAGCAAACAGCUUGAGAUGGCUCAACAACCAGUGGCCGAAAAAGAGAAUCUUGCAGAUACUGAGACUCAGAAACACAAGCGAGCUCGAGUUGAAAGCUCCAGCCUUGAUAAAGCUGAUGGGGAGAUGGAUAAGAAAGCUGCAGAAGGAGAACCCUCUUGCCGUUCUCACAAAUCCAGUGCCGAGCCUGGAGACGCGCAUCCCAAGAAAAUCACUCAACCUUGCUGCGUCACACAACAGCUGGCUAAGGUGAAACAGAGCAUUAAAGACACUAUAGCCAGUGUAAGACAGUUUCGCUCGGAGCUGGAGACAAAGGAACAGAGCAUUGUAGACACACUAAGCAUUGUACGACAGUUCCGUUUUGAGAUGGAGAAAAAGGAAGACAAUCUUGAAGAUUCACUCCUGGAAAUUGACGUGUUAGGGGAGAAGAUAUUGGAAAUCAACAAAAUCCUCAGCUGAAGAUCUAUCAUCAUGAAGUGGACGAGAGAGAAGUCUUUUUUUGUAUAGCUUUAUCUCAUUGUUAAGGCAAAAGAAAGAAAGUAGGGCUAGGCAAAAUAACUAAUAACCAAAAAUAACCGGUCGAACCGAACCGAAGUUUCUCAAAUAGCCAAACAGUUAUUAAAAAACUAUAUCCAAAC